GAAAAUUUCCAAUGUCAUCUGUGAGUUAAAUGUUUGAUUAAGAAACAAAAAGUGAUAACGAAUCUGUUUUUGUGAACAAUUUACAACACUAUUUACAGGUGCAAGUGGAGACCGCACCUUGUAACAGGGGCCAUGCAUUCUGUAUAUGUGGUCUCGUAGUCAGAGCUGGCAGGACUGUGUUCGCUAUUGGACUGUGUCAUGGGCAGGGAAUAAUAGAUUUCCUGUUUUGUGAUGAUGAAGACGAUGUUUUGGAUGUCAGGAGAAGAUCUCCAACACAAUACGAGAUACUAUUUCCAUCUGGCACAAUUGUAAAAGCGAAUAUAUUGCAUGUUUAUGGAAGCUAUUUUAUGAAUGCCUACGUUGUUCCUUCCGUCCACGAUGUUGACAAGAGUAGAGGACUUUGUGGCAAACUGUCCGACACACAGACAGAUGACUUUGUAAAGAGAGAUGGUACACAGUCUGGUCCAGGUAGAGAAUUCUCGGAAUCGUGGAGGGUUACAGAAAACAACCUUUUUGACAGGCGCACCCAUGAUGGCUUAACACCUUGGGAUUUAUCACGGAGUUAUUGCAGCUGUCCGGCCUGUGGAAAUCCUCCUUGUGGUAAAGUAAAAUGUGGACCGACACAGGAGGUAAAAUCAUGCCAGAGAAACGGACCACCUGAGGGAAAUAAAGUUACACCCAACAAGGGAAGAUGCACCAUCCACGCCAGGAGAAAAAAGCGCUCAGUGGUUGGACCAGAUCCAAACUCUCGACGGAUGAUGUCAGUACAUAAACGGGAUACACAGGACUGGUUUAAUGGCUGGACAAAGGAAAAUGCAACAGAGUUCUGUGAAAACCAUUUUCACGCGUCUCUUUCUGCACAGAUGUGUCGAGACAUUCCGACAGUAAAUAUAACCAAGAACAUUGAAUACUGUGUCUUUGACAUUUGGGAAUCUGGCGGCACAGAAUUCUUUGAUGCUGCAAUGGACAACAUGCAGACUGGCUGUAUGCAGGAAGUGGUGAUGAACAGUUCAUUCCACGAGGAGACCGGGGGAGAAUCAGUGAUAGACAAAGUCUUCAAGGUCGCGUGUCCAAACGGCUGUAGUAGGAAAGGAGACUGUGUCAAUGGUGUAUGUAGAUGCCAUACAAACUACACAGGCUCUGACUGUUCCAUUGACAGCAAUUCUCCUCCAUCAUUAACGGAGGUUGACUUCGAAGGUCUGUGUGACGUCAACGACGACUUGUGCAUGGCUGUGUCUGUUUUUGGAGGCAUGUUCGUCGACAGUUCCAGCACCACCUGCAAGUUUAGAGACAUUGAUGAGAAUGGAAAUAUUGUGGACAGUUUUGCCGAGCGUGUUCUUGCUGCACAAUUUGAAAGCCUGUUCGAAGUUGCCUGUCCCAUACCAGUGCACAGAUCGAAGCGGUCGGUGCUGGGAGCUACAGCUGAAGAGAAACCCCGCGCUUACUAUGUGUCGGUGUCCAACAACGGGGUUGCGUACAGUGAGGAGAAGAUUAUCGUCAUCUACAACUCAACCUGUCAGACGUGUACCCUCUCUGGCACAUCUGUCAGUUGCGUCAUUUCGGAGGAUUAUUGCACGCUAGGUACUAUGUGCAUUCCAAAGGGUGGCAGGUAUCCAUACGAGGCUUGUCUGGUGUGUGACAUUAACGGGAAGACAAAAACUUGGCAGGACGAUCCUACCUGCAGAAGCUGUAUGAACACUUCUCUUAUGUGGGUCUUGCUGAUGUUUCCAGUAUUCAUCAUGCAGUGCAUUUUUUGAAAUGUCGUUCUUAGUUUUCAUCCAAAUCGUUAAAAGAAAAUCAGCAAUGGAUUGAUGUGUGCGGAAAUUGGACAGCAUUGCAACAUGUCGACAAUAUUGGAUUACAUCUGUGACUUAAAACUAAAGUUACUGUGUUUGGUUUAAUUGAGACUUCUCUCUUUAUACACAGGGCUUCUAGAAUUUUAAAAAAAUCCACUAGCCAUGGGAUCAGUGAUUUCAAAAAUUUACUAGCCAGGAUUAAAAAUUCACUAGCCCUACUUUACUUUAAGUUAAUACAA